GAUUGACAAGGGACUGAAGUUGAAGAUUUUACAGUGAUAUGAGAGAGACUGAUUUUUCUGGGGUUCUACUUUAGAAGGAUUUAGCUCAAAAUUACAUGUUUGUUGAAUUUAAGUACUUAGUUUGCAUAAUGAGUAGGUCUCGAAAGGAUGUUAGUGCUUGUGAUGAUGGGAUUGCCCCUAAUGGAACUUGUGCAAACCAAGAUUGUAGUGAGGAUUCUGAUUAUCUUGUUCAUGAUAUUGCACAACACACGAACCUUAGGUCAGGACCCCAUGAACUUCUGUCCCGAAGUGUUCCUGGCAAGCGGAAACUACCUGUUUCUACGGUGAAAAUGUUGGUCGGGCGAGAGGGUAAUUAUACUGGUAGGGGUAGAUUUUCAUCAGCUGAUGGUUGCUAUGUUUUAAGUCGGUAUUUGCCUGUCAAUGGUCCCUGGUGGGUGGACCACCUGAAAAGUCGAGCAUACGUGUCUCAGUUUUCAGCCGAUGGUUCUCUUUUUGUUGCUGGAUUCCAGAGAAGUCACAUUAAGAUAUAUAAUGUGGACAAGGGAUGGAAAGUUCAGAAGAACAUUCUGGCGAAAAGCUUGAGAUGGACGAUUACUGAUACCUGUCUUUCACCGGAUCAGCGAUUUCUUGUGUAUUCUAGUUUAUCCCCUAUUGUUCACAUUGUGAAUGUUGGAUCUACUGCCUCAGAGUCAAUUGCAAAUAUUACGGAAAUUCAUGAAGGUUUGGACUUUUCUUUUGAUGAUUCUAAUGAUGAUGAAUAUGAAGGAAUUGGAAUUUUCUCUGUGAAAUUUUCCACUGAUGGAAAAGAGCUUGUUGCUGCAAGUAGUGAUAAUUCUAUAUAUGUUUAUGAUCUUGAUUCAAAAAGACCUAGCCUCCGAAUUAUGGCGCACAAGUCUGAUGUUAACACAGUAUGCUUUGCCGAUGAAACUGGCCAUCUCCUAUUUUCCGGCAGUGAUGAUCAUCUCUGUAAGGUGUGGGAUAGGCGUUCCUUUAGCACUAGAGGAAAAGCAGAUGGGGUCUUGAUAGGGCAUCUAGAAGGGGUUACCUUCAUUGAUAGCCGUGGAGAUGGCCGUUAUUUCAUUUCGAACGGAAAAGAUCAGACUACAAAACUCUGGGAUAUACGAAAGAUGUCCUCCAAUGUCCCAUACACUCCAAGGCUAAGGGAUCCUCACUUUGACUACAGAUGGAUGGAUUACCCGACUCAUGCAAGAGCCUUGAAACAUCCCCAUGAUCAGUCAUUAGCAACAUACAAAGGCCACAAAGUGUUGCGUACUUUGAUUCGUUGUUACUUCUCACCAGCAUAUAGCACUGGUCAAAAAUACAUAUAUAGUGGCUCUAGUGAUGGUUCGGUUUAUAUAUAUGAUCUGGUGAGUGGUGCUCAGGUAGCAAGUUGCCAUCAUCACGAAGCCCCGGUGAGAGAUUGUAGUUGGCAUCCAUUUUAUCCGAUGAUGAUAACCUCCUCGUGGGAUGGUGUCAUCGCGAGAUGGGAGUUUCCUGGUAGCGACGAAGAACCGUCACGACAUGCACCUAGACAGAGAAGACCUAGCUAUUGAAGAUUGCAAUUGUUCCUACAAACACAGUUUUCUUUGACAUGUUUCGCUUGAAAAAUUACGAGUGCCAUAUUUUGUGAAUAAAUAAAAACAUGGAGGUUUUGCUUGUUUUUUUUAAA